CGUUUGGUCCGAGUGCUUCAGUCGGCUUAGGCCACACAAAGUGAGAAACAGACACAUGAUGGGGAGGACACUGGAAACAAUGCUGCUCCAUAAACAAGUAAAACAAGUUGUUUUCACCUGAAAUAACUACAACAAUCUGCCAAUAGAACAAGUGAACAUUUGCUUGGUCUGCUGCUGCGUCCAAACUGAAGCUCCUGCAGUCAGACGGCUGGCUGGACGGACAUACGGUCUCUCUCCACUUCACCUUGUUCAGCCCUGCACCAAACCUGUUCACCAGUGUGACCCUGCACACUGAGCAGAGCCCCCCCGCUGGCCUACUGCCCUCUGCCAGGGUCCAGUCAGUGGGGGGCUGUCACUCUCCUGCUGUGGGGGAAUAUGGUGUGCCAGCUCCUCUUCCUCGUCCUGUCUCUGCUGCAACUCUGUCGUCAAGUGUACGCUGUAGGGGAGCAAGGGCUGAUGGGAUACUGGAGGACUCCCUGCAACUGGCUGGAAGUCAGUUUGCUGACUGGGUAUUUAGUGUACUAUAUGUAUUACAUCUAUCGCUCCGUUAUCGUCCUGGAGGUUGUGGAGCUGCUGCACAAACACAGCUACAGAGGACAUGUGGAUGUCAGCCUCCUGGCAACAUGGGAACAAUGUAUUCGAUCUCUGCGUGGCAUUACACUCUUCCUCCUCACCAUGAAGAGUGUCACCGCGCUGAGAGUGACCUCCUCCGACAGUCUGCACCAAACUCUGCCCUCCAAAGCUCAUCGCUACCCAGAGCAUUACAAUGCCGUUAUGUGA